AUGCGGCGGCCUCUCAGUGACGCAGCGGUCGUAGGCGCUGGGCUGGCCGCUCCCUGGGCCGCAUUCCCGCCACCACGACCUCGCGACGUGCCGCCGGAGAUCGCGUAUGCGUAUAGAGUGCCUCUGAGCUCUUCGGUCCCUCCGAGAAUAUCAGCGACGGCUACAGCUGCUCAGUGCGGGUCGGCUCGUGGCUGCGGCGGAGGCGGAGGCGGAGGCGGAGGCGGAGGCGGCUUGGAGUCGCGAUCUCUCGACGCCGCGGCCACACAACGUUGCGCUGGGAAUAGACAAUGGACUUCGAAAGUGAUAGAUACCGUGAAUGAGAUCGUAGAGGCCGCUGAUGGGGCGCAAUCCCAGUGA